CACCAGUCCACCACCAUAAAAUAAAAUAAAAUAAAAUAAAAUAAAAACCCUGAGAGGGAGUGCAUUUCUUCAUCUAUUUCCUGUUAGAAAAUAGAGCAUAGGGUUUAGAAAUUUUGUCGACGAGCUUUAUGCUUUUGAUCGAAGAGAAGCAGAAGCAGAGGAAGGGAAAAGAAAGGAAAGGAACCCGAUCGGCUUCGCUGAGUCCCGCGUCCAGGGAACGUUCGCGCCCUAAAUUUCUCCAUUCUAUCUUCACCAAUCUUGCAUUGCAUCUUUCUUUCCUUCCUUCCUGCCUCCCGCUUUCUUCUGUUGACGCCAUUUCUGAAGCGCCAUGAAAGCCAGAUUGGUUGUGUUCCCGCUUCGUGGAAGGAACUGGUGCUUCUCCAGAUCUCUCGACCCUUCCCUUAAUCAACAUUCCUCUUCAUCCGGCUCCCCUUCUACGUUUCGGGAUCUCUGGCGCAGCAUCUCUUCGUCCGGCUCCUCCGCUCCUCGCAAUGCCCAGCUCAUUGUCGAUUUCAUCGCCAACAAGAUGAACGGAGCUUGGAUUGGUAUGGAGAAAUCGCCCGAUGGCACUCUCAAGAAGAAGAUUCAUGGGGUAGGUUUGAAGCUACUGGCACGGGUUAAGCCUUCAGAGAUUUUCUUGAAGUCCAUAUCCAGGGACGUCACCGGCGUUGAAAUAGUAUACCCCGUCAGUUUAAAUGCACGGUUUGUGCGACGAAGGUUGCGCCAUAUUGCAGUUAGGGGAGCUUCAAUCCACAAGAAAUACUUCUAUGGUUCAAUAACAUUACUUCCAAUGACCUCUGCGUUGAGUGUUUUACCUCUGCCCAAUAUCCCAUUCUUUUGGGUCUUAUUCCGAACUUAUUCCCAUUGGCGAGCUCUGCAGGGAAGUGAGACACUCCUUAAGCUGGUGUCCGAUAGCUCAUGGUCUGAAAAAUGUGCGGUUCAAAAUGGUGGACAAGGUCAAACUGAGAAGGGCAAUGACAGCUCCAAGGACAAAUCCCCUUGUUCGCAAGGUUCUCCGUGGGUGAGUCAGAAUAUAAUUUUGGCAACGAAUUCUACUGGCCUCUAUAUUAUUUUGGCUGCAAGCUGAUUGCGAUCGAGUUUCCUCUGUUUGGAUUAUGAAUAACCUUAGUUUUGCUUAAUUUUAACAUGUCAUAAUUAUUUUGACGUGCACGGUUUACAUUAAAGAGCAUCUUGUGCUAACCAAGUGGUGAUUCAGUCUAGUCACUUGUGUUUUGGUUAGCUUGAGGACGAGCAAUGUUUCGAGCAUAUGAUGUCUGUAUACUUGAGUGUCUUUACCUAAUAUUUGGGAUUCAUUUUAGUUUGUCAGCUGAGUCGGUACUGAAAAGAUGGAUCGUGUUCCCGAACGAGUAAUUCUGAAAUGGCUUGACACCUCACAAGUUAGGAUUGUGGUGGCUCUCAUUGGGCAGUGCAGAAUGAUUUUAGAAUGUUGGCAUCCCUGGAUCUCUCUUAGCUGUAAGCUAUUUGGGUAGAGACCUCUUGAAAGCCACAGAUAUUAUUGCUACUUGGUACUGGUUUUGGGUACGUAAUAAAGUUGGCGGGGGUUGUUGCAGUAGGAAAAAAGUCACCCUAUUGUCCAGCAGGCUGAUGUUACAUUGCAUCGCUGAUAAAUAUUCAAUAUAUGGUGUAGUUGUCAUGUCAUGGUUGUUGUUUAUUUAUUGGCUGGCGUACCUAUGAAGCCUUGUGUUCUGGUGAAUAAUCGCAGGUGUUGCAGCCAUCAAAGGAACUUGAGGAGAUCAUCAUCAGGCAGCAGGAAGACGAUGAUGAUGUUAGCGAAGCUGCAAUCAGUAGUGUUUGCGAGAUGUACGGACUAGACGCGAAAGAUGUGUUGAAGUUUAAGGAUAACAUGUUGUAGUGUAGACUAGUACUAUUUACUUUAAGAUGCCUUCGCCUUUUCUUGUAUAUCUGCAGGUAUCAUUGAGUCCAAGUGAGUGUAGUAAUAACAUAAGUAAUUAGGCGUUCUUUAGAUAGGAAGCAGAGCAACAUUCAGUUCUUGUUUUGUUUUAUUUGACUUUCACAAAAAUGCAAGCAAAGGCAGGAAGAGGAGCUUUGUUUGCGGACGAAUGCUCCCGGCAACUUUAUCGACAUUCUUCUAAGACUAUACAUCGUGCACUUGUCA